AUAAGUAUUUACCAUCGUGUCGUUAUAGGAAAAUUAAAAAUUGUGUCAUCUCGGGCAAAAAUUAAUGCUUAAAACUAAGUAAAACGGAGGAAACGUUUUUUUUUGUCUGUAGAUUAUACCUUCAAUCGAUAUUAAAAGUUAAACACUCAAAUUAAGCUUAAUCGCGCAAGCACUGUAUAUCCAAUUCCAUCUAUCUACUUAUGUGUAUAUGUAUGAAGACAUUGAUAUAAAAUUAAGAAAGGAAGUUUAGCAUAAGCAAUCAUAGAUUGUCUGGACAUUAGGCAUCAACAUAAAUUAUUAGUGCGCAGAUAUUGGAAAAACAAAAAAAAAGCAAUCACAAUAAAAGUUUCAAUCGAAAAAAAAAAAAAAACAUUUUACAUAAAGUCAUUUGAAAAACAAUCCAACGAAAGCCAAUUAAAAUUCUAGUGUUGAACCGAGCGAUGUAGUCGAAUUACAUAUGUACAUACAUACGUACAUAUGUAUGAAUGCAAUAAAAAUAAUCGAAAGUUGCACCAAUUUGUAUAAGGAAAAUAAUGAAAAGUUGGGAAUAUCAUAAUGGCUUUUGCAACUGAUGAUUCCGAUUAUUAUUAUUGCCAGCCCGAGAAGUUACCCCUAUGCAAAUAUACUGUGCAGUUAGAGAACUGCUGCACGUACAUAUGAACAGAGUGAAUUGCCAAAGGGUAAAAAGCUACUCGCCAUGUCGUUAAGGUCUUCGGUUGAAAAAACACCUACAACGGCAGCAGUUAAACAUCAACAGCAACAACAACAAAACAACACAAAACAACAACAACAACAGCAAGAGCACACCACCGUCGCAAUUGUAGCAGGUCAACAAAAGCGGAAGUCGCUCAAUUCCAAGCGUUCGUACUCCCUAUCCUCGAGCGGCUCAUCCACAGCCUCCUUGGGAGCCACAAGGUCCGCGACAUCACCAUUGGUAACCGUUACCGAGAAGAGUACUGCGAAUACGAAUACAACUACAAAUACCCAGGCGCAGGCACAGGCACAGGUCCAGGUCCAGGGUCAAUCGUUUUUGCCCUUCUCCUCGUUUUCAUACUGCACCGAUACCAUAGCAGCAGUGCAUCACCAGCGCCAAUCCUACGCCCUGGUGCAGAAGCCCCCAUCGUUGCGAUACCAGGGGAAGCCCCAAGCACAUCCACAUCCACAUCAGCACCAACUCCUGGCCAACUUCUCGCCCACAAUGACAUCCUCGGAACCGUCAUCGCCCUUGGCUGCCGAUGGAUCUGCCUCCUCGGUCCUCGGCCCCUCCUCCUCCUCCUCGGAGGUUGCCUCUUCGCAUUGUUGCACCAAUGUCAAGGCCAGUAUCACUCCGUUGGCAACACAGAAAAUGCACCGAACAAUACCAUCUGAUAAAAUAAACCUACGCCUCAUACUAGUGAGUGGUAAAACAAAAGAAUUUAUUUUUAGCCCGUCAGAUUCCGCAGGUGAUAUUGCACAAACAGUAUUUGAUAAUUGGCCAGAAGAUUGGACUCAUGAAACUGUAGCGAAAGCCGAAAUCUUGCGUUUGAUUUAUCAAGGUCGUUUUCUUCACUGCAAUGUAACCUUAGGAGCACUGGGACUUCCAUUAGGCAAAACGACUGUUAUGCAUUUAGUGCCACGUGAUAAUUUGCCAGAGCCCAAUUCGCAAGAUCAAAGACAAAAUAGUAAAGGCGGUUCUGGACGAUGCUGUUCAACAAAUUGCUCUAUUUUGUAACUAAAUUAUUAUAUAAUAGUGUAAUAUUUAAACUAAUUUGAAUUAUAAAAAAAUAAAAAAGUAUAUGUAUAAAUUACAUUUUUGUGCAGUCAAAAAAAGUAUAUUUAUUAAAAUAUAAAAAUGUAUGUCUGGAUGAACAAGGCGCUUUGUUUAAAAUAUUUAUGUACAUACAAUAUAUAUUUUAUAUAUAUACACACAGGAAUUCAUGAGCAUGUGCAAAAUGCCUAUACUCUGUAUUAAAGUUGCUAGACUGCAUAUUUAUAACAUGUAACAUACGAAUACAAUGCUAAUUGCUUUUAGAAAUCGGACUUGUUAACCUAAUUAGAAAAAGAGUAAUAACAAAACUUAUUUCAAAUAUGUCAAAAAUAUUGAAAAACCCAAGUACGUGAAAAAAAGAUAAUUUCCCCCUUGCGUUCUGCUUUUAAGUGUGCGUCUAAAAACAAAAAAUAAGCAUAUACUUGUCAGAUCGAUUCUUUAACGCGAUAAAGAAUAUUGAAGAAAUUUUUGUUCUGUAUAUAAACAUAUUUAAUUAGAAUUUAAGUGUUUUCUUCUGUUAAGUUUUAAAAUAUUAUCUGUAAAGUCUAACUUAAAGUCAAUGAUAAAUAAAUAAUCUAAUAUAUCCUUAA